AUUGCGGCAGCGGUGGCGGCGGGACGAAGUGAAAGCAAAAUCUGACCGGAAUAACGGGACGCACGAGCGCGGAGGAUUUUACCGGUGUCAGUGACAGAAGAGCGAAGAGCUGAUUUGGGAACCUACGAGGGAAUAUGUGUUGGAGUGUACAGCAAUGAGCAGCCAGCGAAAGUCGGCGAAGCUACAGCUGCGGCGGUCGAUCAGUGAGCAACUGCGGGACUCCACGUCCAAAGCCUGGGACCUGCUGUGGAGGAAUGUCCGGGAGAGGCGUUUGGCAGAGAUUGAGGCGAAGGAGGCCUGUGAUUGGCUGAGAGCUGCUGGAUUUCCACAGUAUGCCCAGCUCUAUGAAGAUGCACAGUUUCCGAUUGACAUUUCUUCUGUGAAAAGGGACCAUGAUUUCCUAGAUAGAGAUUUGGUGGAGCCACUGUGCCGGCGACUCAACACUCUGAACAAGUGUGCCUCCAUGAAACUGGAUGUCAGCCAUCAAAGGAAGAAAGGGGAGGACUCAGAUGAAGAUGACCCGCUGGCAAUUAGCAAGAGGUGGACCUUUGAGUGGAGCAGCCGCCGUUGGUCGCGCCUCCAAGACUUCCUGUUGGACUCGACCAAUGACAGCAGUCCGACGGGGCGGGGGGCGGGGCUUCACAGCACAGUUAGCAGCGAGAGUGUCCUGACAGACUUGAGCGAGCAGGAAAUAACAGAAAUAUCCUCCAUCCACAGUGAAGACUCAACACUCGCCAUGCCUGAUUCAAUAUCUAUGGCCUCACUAUCCGCGUCCUACCAACCACCCCGGGAAAUUCCUCAUUACAACACUCUACCAAUCAAAAGGCAUAGUCAGGGGGGGCGGAGCAAAGCCAAGGAGUUUCUGAGGAAGAUGGAGUUGAUGCGGACAUGGGGGCCUUCAACGAGGAGGAAAAGCGCCACUCGGAGGCCGCCGUUGGUCAUCAGCGGGCCCGUUCUGCAGGGGGAGGAGCCACGGGCGCUACAGGUGCUACAGUGUACACCUAUCAGCCAAUUGGAAAACGGCAACAAACUGGACCACCAAAAUGAUGACAAUAGCGGCUCUAUCAGUCCUGUUUGCAACCAUAAGGAUAUGUCAACAGCAGGUAGCCCCGAUGCUGAGACUGUGAUGCCUGCUUUAACUGAGACCAGUCCCAAACCACGCACCGCUAACAAGAGGAGCAGUAAGUAUUUAGAAGACAUGGUGCUGCCUUCCCAGGGCAAAAGGACAGAGUGUGGACAGGCUCAGUUUGGGAAGAACCAGUUCCACUCUUAUGAAAACCUCCUAAUCCACAUCCCCAAAGACCACAAACCAGGCACUUUUCCAAAAGCACUAUCUAUUGAGAGUCUAGCGCCCGCCUCGGGGGACAACAGCCCUCAGACUGAAGUUCCUAAAAAUGGGCUGAGUAAACAUUGGUCGGGUAAACCCCUCUCCAAACCAUGCCCCGGAGCACCUCGAGGCAGCAGGGUCAGUGUGUAUGACAAUGUACCUGGGUCCCACCUGUAUGCCAGUACUGGGGACCUUCUGGACUUAGAGAAGGAGGAUAACCUGUUCCCCCACCUGGACGAUAUCAUUCAGCACGUGAGCGGCCUCCAGCAGAUCGUAGACCACUGGAGUCGGAGCGUUCUGCCCGAGGGGGACAUGGGGGAGGAGGAGGGGGAGGACAGGACCACCCCGAGCGAAGGGGACAGGGACGGAGUGUCUCUCAAUGACACUGACUCCACCGGAACCAGUCGAGAGAGAAGAGAUUCUGGGGUGGGGGCAUCUCUUACAAGACCACGACUACGCUGGCCCAGUUUUCGGACCUCUGAUCAUCUCAACCAGCCCUCCUCGUCCCUUCACAUCAGCAGCCAGUCUGCGGGACAGCUCAGUCUGCUGCAGAAGUUCUCACUCCUGCGCCUCACCGCCAUCAUGGAGAAAUACUCCAUGUCCAAUAAGCAUGGAUGGACCUGGUCCGUGCCCAAGUUUAUGAAGCGCAUGAAAGUCCCUGACUACAAAGAGAAGAGUGUUUUUGGAGUGCCUCUCAUCGUACAUGUCCAGCGCUGUGGGUUUCCUCUCCCCCUGUGCUUACAACAGGCCCUCAGCCACCUCCGAACACACUGUCUGGACCAGGUAGGGCUGUUCCGUAAAUCAGGAGUGAAAUCUCGUAUCCAGGCUCUUAGGCAGCAGUGUGAAGUGUCUCCAGACUUUGUGAGCUAUGAGGACCAGUCAGCGUAUGAUGUGGCAGACAUGGUCAAACAGUUCUUCAGAGAUCUACCUGAACCGCUCCUCACCAGCAAACUUGGAGAGACCUUCCUCCACAUUUAUCAAUAUGUGCCAAAGGAGCAGAGACUGCAGGCUGUCAGGGCGGCCAUCUUGUUGAUGCCAGAUGAAAACAGAGAGGUGCUACAAACUCUGCUCUUCUUCCUCCGGGACGUGACUUCGAUGGUGGAGGAGAACCAGAUGACUCCAAUGAACUUAGCUGUUUGUUUGGGACCAUCACUUUUUCACCUGAGUUUAUUCAAGAAUGAAACACUAUCACCAAGGUCUAUUCAGAGGAAGUACACAACAGGACGUCCUGAUCAGAAGGAUUUGAAUGAGAACUUGGCCGCUACCCAGGGUUUAUCACAUAUGAUUGCUGAGUGCUACCGCCUUUUCCAGAUCCCGGAGGAGAUGGUGACUCAGUCUAGGAACUCAUACAUGGAGGCAGAGCUGCUGGCGCCCCCGCUGGACGAACUUGGUAAAGUCCAUGAUGAGGAGGUGGAUGAGGAGGAUGAAGAGGAGGACGAGGAAGGAUCCUAUCACACACACAUCGAAAAUCUGAUCCAACAUCUUCUGAAAGAGGCCAAGGACAAGAGCAAAGGCUGGGUGUCACGGCCCACCAUCGACCACACUGAGCUGGCCUUCAAAAAGGUGGGAGAUGGAAACCCUCUCCGGCGCUGGAGGAUCAGUCUGGAGGUGUCAGCAGCUCCCUUUGAGGUGCUGCAGCGGCUGUUGAAAGAGCGCCCCCUGUGGCAGACUGACCUACUGCAGGAGAAGGUCCUGGAAACUCUGGACAAGCAAACAGAUGUGUAUCAGUAUUCUUGCCGCAAUAUGGCACCACAGUCCAGCUCUGACUAUGUGGUACUAAGGUCUUGGCGCACAGACCUGUGCAGAGGGUCUUGUGCUCUGGUGUGUGCCUCAGUGGACCAUGAGGACAGCCCUCGGACCGGAGCUGUGAGGGGGGUGGUCCUGGAGUCCCAGUACCUCCUGGAGCCCAGCGCAACAGGGCGCACCAGACUCACCCACAUCUGCAGAGUGGAUCUCAGAGGAAGAUCUCCAGAAUGGUACAAUAAAGCUUUUGGUCACCUCUUGGUAAAUGAAGCCCAGAGGGUCAGGUCCUCCUUCCAGACCAUGGAUUCACCCCAGAGUCCCGAAGCCAAACUCUGACCCAGAAAUCAAGCUCUAUCUCGGGGGGACACUGCCACAUCAGCGGGACACACAGACAGACAGGUGUGAGCCUUUGUCCUGAGGUGGGCUCUGAACAGUCACCGGGAGACCAACCAUUUUGCUGCUGAACUAAUCUGAGCUUCACUGCACCACAUUGUACUGAACUACAGUCAUUUACAUUCACAAAAAGAUAUUGAUAAAAUGGCUUUAAUGGGCUAUUAAUAUAUUCAAUUAUUUUUAUGACAGGACUUAGAACUAAAAAAAAAAAGUUCUGUCAUGUAAGUCUGUGUAAUGAUUUGAAAUGUUUUGGCGUAGAUGGUUUAUUAUUAAUAUUAUGAAUUAAAUUUGAUUUCAUCUUAAUGUUUGUUCAUUUAUAAACAAAACCAAAUGCCAAUUGCAAUCAUAUUGUAUAUUUGUAUUAAGCAAUAGCUAUACAUGUUUUUGUUUAUUUUACAUUUUAUUUUAAAUUAUUUAACUACUAUUAUUUAUGUCAGUGAAAUAUUAAUAUAAUAUAUAUGCUUUAGUAGUAGAACUGAGAAGCUGGAUGACAAAAUCAGCAUUAGCAAUAGCCUCCUGCUCUUGUGUUGACGCACUUAUACAAAGCUUUCUAUGCAGCAUAACUCUUUCUGAAUGCUCUGCUCAAAUGACUGGGUUCAGUACAAUGGUGCACAAACCAGUGCUUCAACAAAAGUAAACUGUCAUUGGGUCCAUGAGAUUUGGUUUGGGCUUAAGAUGUUAAUAUCAUGGUUAUACUUUGAUCACUAUUUUAAACGCAUCUAAAUGUUAUUUUAACAUAUUAAUGUCCUUUUAUGUAUCUCUGUAUAUGGUAUAUCUGUUGCUUUUGCAGUCAUGUUUUACUAUGUCUAAGACAUGUGACCAUUUCACUGCUUCUGGGAAGCACGUUUGAACCAGUGUGAGUGUGGCAGAUCAGGCGCAUUGUAAAUAUGUCAGCACAUCCAGCAUCACAGCUUCACCCAGGGUCUUCCUCAUACUGAUCAUAUUGAUACACUCAAAUGUGAACUUCACCAAAGCAAUAGCAGAAUCCAAGCUUGCUCUGCCUGGCCCUGCCUCGGCUUCUUUAGUUUCAGCUGUUGGCAGCAUAGGUACCAUUUUUCUGUGAUACAAAUCUUGUCAGUGUUGAACCCUGAGGAUGCCGUGAGUGGAUGGCGUGUAUGUUAUGUGCUGUAGAUAUAUAUAUAUUUGUGUGUGUGUGUGUGAGUGUGAGAGAGAGCGCGAGAGAAAGAAAGAGGACGGGGGCUUUGUGGACCUGAGCUGAUCUCUGAACGGGACAGCUCCAAACUUCAGACCACAGGAAGUGUUGGUUCUUUCUGACAAAACAAAUAAAUGUUUCUAAAAGAAAAUAAAA